CAGAGAGCUUGGACCGGGCCCAGCUCGGCGUAACUCCGCCCCCUGCUCCUCUGUGGAGCUGCAGCGAAGGAUGUUGGAAGACAGAAAGAGGGAAGUAGUGACACACUGGUGGACAGUAACCUACAGUAUUUUAACAUUUCGGAUAUAUUCCCUCUUCUAAUGAAUUAUAAUCCAGUAAUUUCUUCUUGGAGGAUCUACAAGGGAAGAUGCACAUAAAACCUAGUAGAUGUUAAGAAGAAGAAGUGAUGAGGCAGUGAUCUGAAGCAAUCUGACAGGAUGGCGUCACAGGGGGCGGAGGAGCUUCCUCCAAACGGAGGUCAAGCAGAUAGCCGUCUAAAGAGCAAGAAGCCGCCAAGCCUUGUAAUAGCCAUCCCUCCACCUGAGGAGAUGAUGUCCCACAACUCUGAAAAACGGCCACUACGACCAUCUCUAAAAAAAAGUACAAGUGGUCAAGCCACUGGUUCGGUGUCGGAGAGCAUCAGUGGAGCCGGAGAUGGACGCUUCUCGGUCAGAGACAGAAGAGCAAAGUUUGGUAGACAAACGUCGCUCUCACAAAGCAUCCGCAGGAACACAGCCCAGUGGUUUGGAGUGGGGGAAGGCUGUGAGACCGACCAGCAGGUAUGGCACAGGAAGAGCCUGCGCCAUUGCAGCCAGCGCUAUGGCAAGCUGAAGCCCCAGUAUAGAGACCCUGAGAUGGCCACCAGCAUCGACCAGAGUCUGGACUCACCAGCCACAGACAAGAUGCCCAAGAUUGUGGAUCCCCUGGCACGAGGGCGAGCCUUCCGUUGCCCAGAUGAGAUGGAUGGUCGCUCCCCCAGGACACCCCAUGCCACUCAGAGGGGUCCUGUUACCCCGGGUAUCACCUCACUCAGCUCCUUCACCAGCCAGCGAUCCGGGUACAACCGCUUCCCCAAGCGUAAAAGGGAGUCUGUUGCCCGCAUGAGCAUCCGAGCUGCAUCCAACCUGCUGAGGGGUCGUAGCGGCUUGGCGGGCUCCCAGACAGGUCGCAGCUUCCCCAAAAGGAGCUUUGCCAGGCCCAGCUGGAUGGACGAGGACACUGUGGACUCGGCAGACACGCCCGAGUCCCUCUUCUUCAGCAAGGUUGAUGCCCAUGAUGAGAUGUACUCUAUGGCUGACGACGUAUUUGAAUCACCUCCCAUUUCUGCAUGUUGUGCUCCCAGUGAGCAGCCUGACCAGAAGUUCCCAAGCCUUAAGGACGUAUCUCGAACUCCCAGGACACCAACAGCAGCGUCCAAAAUGAGCCAUCCUCGUCGUGGUGGUCGCAUCGCCUCCCAAGUUAAGCACUUUGCAUUUGACAAACAAAAGCGUCAGUACGGCAUGGGUGUUGUGGGGAAGUGGCUGAACCGGCACUACCGACGCAGCCUCAGCAGCAACAUCCAGAAGCAGCUGGACGACUUCCACAGCCACAGGCCCUACUUUACCUACUGGAUCACAUUUGUCCAUAUAGUAAUCACUUUGCUGUCCUGUUGUACAUAUGGUUUUGCCCCUGUGGGGUUUGCACAACAUUCUACAUCUGAACUGGUGCUGAAGAACAAAGGUAUUUAUGAGAGUGUCAAGUAUAUCCAACAGGAGAACUUCUGGAUUGGUCCCAGUUCUGACGAUCUGAUCCACCUGGGGGCCAAGUUCUCACCUUGCAUCCGUCAGGACAGACAGAUAGUCACUCUCAUCCAGAAGGCAAAAGACCUAGAGAGAGAGUCUGGCUGCUGCGUUCAGAACGAUAACUCUGGAUGUGUGCAGACCCACAGCUCUCACUGCUCUGAGACGCUUGCCACCUUUAUUAAAUGGAACAAGGAGCCGGUGGACAUCAUCAGGUCUUCUGGUUCUGUCUGUCACCAGGAUCCCAGAGUGUGUGAAGAGCCUGCCUCUGCAGAGCCUCACACAUGGCCGGAUGACAUCACCCAGUGGCCGGUCUGUACGUAUCCCAAGAACUGGAACCACACAGGCUACAGACACAUGGACUGUAACAUCAAGGGACGGCCUUGCUGCAUAGGAACUAAGGGCAGAUGUGAGAUCACGACCAGAGAGUAUUGCUCUUUCAUGCACGGUUACUUCCAUGAGGAUGCCACACUCUGCUCACAGGUCCACUGUCUGGAUGAUGUGUGUGGCUUGCUGCCCUUCCUCAACCCUGACGUUCCUGAUCAGUUCUACCGUCUCUGGCUCUCUCUCUUCCUCCACGCCGGGCUGUUACACUGCGUGGUGUCGGUGGUGUUCCAGAUGACCAUACUAAGAGACCUGGAGAAGCUGGCAGGUUGGGUUCGGAUCUCCAUCAUUUAUGUCCUCAGUGGUAUCACUGGAAACCUCGCCUCUGCCCUGUUCCUGCCCUACAGAGCUGAGGUGGGUCCAGCAGGGUCUCAGUUUGGACUCCUUGCUUGCUUGUUUGUUGAGCUAUUUCAAGGUUGGCAGAUGCUGGAGAAGCCGUGGAAGGCCUUUCUCAAACUGGUGUGUAUCGUCCUCUUCCUCUUCCUGUGCGGCCUCCUGCCGUGGAUCGACAACAUCGCCCACAUCUUUGGUUUCCUCAGCGGCAUGCUGCUCUCCUUUGCCUUCUUGCCCUACGUCACCUUCGGGACUUUUGACAAGUACCGGAAACGUAUACUCAUUGCUGUCUCAAUGUUGGCCUACAUCGGGCUGUUCUCUUCCCUCAUCGUCUGGUUUUAUUUUUACCCGAUUAACUGGCACUGGCUGGAGCAUCUCACCUGUCUGCCCUUCACAAGCAAGUUCUGUGAAAAGUACGACAUAGACCACAACAUUAACGAUGUGGUACAAUAGUCUCUAGGCUACUUAUGACUACAUCCUCUGUGCUACUGAUCUGCUAUCUUCUAGCCAAUGACUAGGUCAGCUGUUUCCAGGUCAGGCCUUUUUAAAAAUGUGACAAUCUUUUUUUAUCAAAAAAAGAUUAAAGGACCUGAUCAAUGUCCUUUUGAAAGGAACUGGAUCAAUCUCUUCUCUUCAGCUUGCUGACUUGCUUACUUCUGUAAAACUUUACUCAACCUUUUUAAUCCUCAGUCAAGUCUGGCACUGCCUAUCUUGUUAAUUUGCUAAUCCUCAGAAUCAGAGGACAGGAAAAGAUACUCAGGACGGCAAAACUGCGUAGAGCUGGGUGAACCUAAUGGAAAAGAUCUACAGAGCGAGAGACUGUCUGGUUCCUUCAGUUCAUGAAAAGUCACAUCAAUCUAAAGAAGCCAAAUGAUAGAAGAAGACUCCUCUUGUCUACAAUCACUCUCAUCAUCUCCUUGAACUCUGGACAACUAACAGCUGAGAAAAGGAAGGCUGGUGCCACAGUGGGCUAUUAGGUACCUUGUGGCCCAGUGAACUCAGAUACAUCAGAUGCCUCCUGCUACUAAUUCUUGUUUUCAGUAACACUACAAAAGCUGUCAUUCACUUCUGCUGCGUCUCAGUGUCUGGUGAAAUACUUUCAGGAGUUAAAAACUGUUUUGUUUUUUUAUCUCCACUGUUUUGUAUGUACGUACUGGGCAUGUCAAUAUUCUUUGGAGGAGUGAAAUGUGUAUUAACUGUGCAGCUGGAUUAGUUAAUGUCAAAUAACAAGUGGUUGAUUUCUAUCUAAAACCACUAGUUGCCUUAAACAGACAAUGCCAUUUUACAACGAUGCCUCAUUUUACUUUUGAAAACUGCUUGUGAACAAUGAUGAACACAUUUCUGACCCGAACCUACCAAAGCAACUUCACAUGCUGCAUGUUGUUUUUCACAAUCACUUAGUUUUAUCACUGCCACAAACACAAGCUCUGCUUCAAUGUCUUAUAUUUGGGCAUGUUUGUCACAAUGGUGCCUAAACCAGUUUGUAAAUGAACAAUAUUUAUUCUAGGAGUAAUUAUCUAAACAGGUAUUUUUUGUUAGACCAAAGCAGGUUUUUAUUGUAUUUUUUGAAAGCAAACAGCCACAGAAUCACAACAUGUAAUUUGUGUUUAAUCUGAGCCUUAAUAUGUUUGUGAAAUGUACCAUAAAAGGCUUAGUUUUUACCAGGUAUACUUGUGAACACUCACCUUGAUAAAAACAAUACCAGGAAGAUGAUUUUAAAAAGUGGCAUUGCCGCAGACAUAGGAUUUUCUUCAAACUAUACAAAAUAUGGUCCCCUACGCGUACAUUGUCUGGACCCUAGCGGCUUAUUGUUGCUGUGGUCCUUGACCCACAGUAGAUUGUUGCUUUUCGGGUGGGUCCCUAACAAUGUGAUACGUGUAACAGUGUGAUUUCAAAAGUCCUAACACCUGAAGUGAAAUAUUUCCCUCACAGGUUCCCGGCUUUUGUCUUGGAUCUAGUUUGUUGUCGUUCAUGAUCCUGCAAUGUGUUGACCCCAACUGUUAAGUAAAGUCCCGGUAAUGACUCGUGUGUGGAGGAUUAUGUGAGUAACUAAGUGAGUUAUGAGAUUAUGUGAGUUUGUCUGUGGCGCUCUCUCACUGAUUGUCUAGUGUUGUUGAGAGUUGUGGGGGAAAAACAUGCAGAGUAGUUUGUAUGUUGGAUAAUUCAAAUAUUUUAAUCCGUUAUACCAUGACUGUAUUUAGAUUGUGAAGGUCAUCUGUGACAUAAGACGCCGCCCUCAUACAAGAAGCGGGCAAAGUGGAAACCUCUUUACUGUGCCUUUUUGAUGUGAGCAAGUGAGUGUUUGAUCUGAAUCACAAAUACCCACAUCUUCAAUGUGCUGUGUGCACUGGGACCAAAUACCUUCACCCUUUUCUGUUUAUAGGAAUAAAAAGUUUCCAAUGAAUUUCAGUUUUAUAUGUGAAAAUCUAUGUGUGUUAAAGCAGUCAUGUCAAAAUAAAUGCCAUUCUAGUGAUAAUGAGGUUUGUUAGUGUGUUUAAGUGAGAAGUUUAAUUUAAUGUUUGUCCCAGUUACCUACUGAACACUGUUUGUAUCUGGCAUCACAACUUGUUUUGUCUGUCAGUUUUCUUUGCUUUUGUCACAACGCCAGUGAGAAAUUUUGAAUUUAUACAUUAAAGGAAGAAUAACUGCAAA